GGCAUUAUUGCUUGGUCAAAGAGAAAGACAGCGCAAAGACAUAUUUGUUUUUUCGUUAAUCACACAUAUUUUUCAUUAUUUUUCAUUUAUUAUUGAAUAUUGAGCAUGGCAACAAACUUGAUUGUGCAUUUGAUUGUGAAAGCAUGAGAAUUUUUUGAAAAAAAUCGAAUGUAUUGUUUGACUACAAAGAUAAAAGUGAAAGAAAAUCAGCGAAAAAUUGAGCGAUUGUUUUCUAUUAAAGCAUUUGAUCAAAAUAAACAUAAACGCAGUUAUGAAAAAUGGCUCUCAAGAAAGUUAAAGGAAAUUUUGAACGAAUGUUCGACAAAAAUCUCACAGAUUUAGUACGCGGCAUUCGAAACAAUAAAGAUAAUGAGGCCAAAUAUAUUGCGCAAUGUAUGGAAGAAAUAAAGCAAGAGUUGCGCCAAGAUAACAUCAAUGUGAAGUGCAAUGCGGUGGCUAAGUUGACAUAUAUUCAAAUGCUUGGUUAUGACAUCUCAUGGGCUGGAUUUAACAUCAUCGAAGUAAUGAGCUCACCAAAGUUUACACACAAACGUAUUGGGUAUUUGGCUGCCUCUCAAUGCUUUCAUGCCGAUAGCGAAUUGUUGAUGUUGGCAACGAAUAUGAUUCGCAAGGAUUUGAACUCACAAAAUCAAUACGAUGCUGGCGUUGCACUCAGUGGCCUAAGUUGUUUCAUAUCAGCCGAUUUGUCUCGAGAUUUGGCCAAUGAUAUUAUGACUCUGAUGAGCUCAACUAAACCAUACCUUCGCAUGAAAGCGGUUUUAAUGAUGUACAAAGUUUUUCUAAGAUAUCCAGAAGCAUUACGUCCAGCAUUUCCGAAAUUAAAGGAAAAAUUGGAAGAUUCAGAUCCUGGUGUCCAAUCAGCCGCUGUGAAUGUAAUUUGUGAACUAGCACGAAAAAAUCCGAAGAAUUAUCUUUCAUUGGCGCCGAUUUUCUUCAAACUCAUGACAACAUCAACCAAUAACUGGAUGCUUAUAAAAAUCAUAAAAUUGUUUGGCGCAUUGACUCCAUUAGAACCACGCUUAGGAAAGAAAUUAAUAGAACCGCUUACCAAUCUUAUUCAUAGUACAUCGGCUAUGAGCUUACUAUACGAAUGUAUAAAUACUGUGAUUGCAGUUUUGAUAAGCAUAAGCAGUGGCAUGCCAAAUCAUACGGCAUCGAUUCAAUUAUGCGUCCAAAAAUUGCGAAUACUCAUCGAAGACUCCGACCAAAAUUUAAAAUAUCUUGGCCUGUUGGCAAUGUCCAAAAUUCUGAAAACACAUCCGAAAAGUGUUCAAGCGCACAAGGAUUUGAUACUAGCUUGUUUGGAUGACAAAGAUGAAUCGAUUCGCUUACGAGCUUUGGAUCUACUGUACGGCAUGGUGUCAAAGAAAAAUCUUAUGGAAAUCGUUCGACGAUUAUUGGGCCACAUGGAACGGGCCGAAGGUUCAAAUUAUCGAGAUGAACUAUUGUUCAAAGUCAUCGAAAUUUGUUCACAAGGCUCUUAUCAAUACGUUACGAAUUUUGAAUGGUAUCUCACUGUUUUAGUGGAAUUGAUUCAAUUGGAAUCCGGUUCCAAACAUGGUGGCGUCAUUGCAACUCAACUCCUUGAUGUGGCAAUCCGAGUUCAAGCCGUUCGAACCUUUGCUGUAUCCGAAAUGACAUCGUUGCUGGAAAGUUUCCCGACUACAUGUCAAAACGACUCAAUGUACGAAGUACUGUACGCUGCUGCUUGGAUUGUUGGUGAAUUUUCAAAUGAAUUAAAUGAGCCGGAGAAUACGUUGCACAUAUUAUUGAAACACCGUUCGUUACCUGGCCACAUACAGGGAGUUUAUGUGCAAAAUAUUCUGAAACUGUUUACACGUAUCAUGACCGGAUUGCUGGAGCGAAAUGACGUUAAUCAAAUAGUGUCGUUGUGCAAUUCGUUGUUGAAAAAGUUGCCCGCUUUCAUCAGUUCCGGGCACAUCGAGGUACAAGAAAGAGCCAGUUCAGCGUAUGUUCUUGUUCAAAUGUUGCGCGAACAAUUCCCAUCAAACGACGCACCCGAUGCUGACAGCAUGUUAGUGAUGACCGAACAACCAGAAAGUCCUAAAGAAGAAGAAGAUGAUACACAAACCAUUCCGAUCGGUGCAAUUGAAAUUGUUCAAGAGAUGGCAGUAUUAUUUGCUGGCGAUCUGAAUCCAGUUGCUCCGAAGGCACAGAAGAAAGUACCAUUGCCCGAUGGUUUAGAUUUAGAUGCAUGGAUCAAUCCACCGCCGUCGGAAAGCAGUGAUUCCAGUGAUGAAGAACAAACCGAUUUGUUUAUUGCAAACGAUGAUGGGGAACAACACAAACGACCAGUUAAAUCAGAGCUUACACCGGAGGAAAUCGAACAGAUGCGAGAGGCACGCCGCAUUGAACAGAGUCACAAUCCGAAUUAUUUGAAAUCAAAAACAACGAAAACUAAUAAGAUUGAGGAACAAAAAGACACUAUGGAAGAUAUUCCAAUACAAGAGAUUAGGCUUGAUGUUCCACUACAAAUAACGUCAACAAAACGUUCGGAUAAAUAUCUGGAUGAACAAAAGAAGCGGAGUAAAAAAGAGAAAUCCCACAAAAAGAGCAAAAAGAACAAAAAGUCAAAGCACAAGGAAAUCAGCACCGAAUCUGAAGAAGAGCCUGAACCAUUGCACGUAGUUAGUUCGUUUAUUGAGAUGCCGGAAGGAGCUAGCGUUUCCGAUACCGAGGACAAAGAUAAAAAUGAUGCGGACGAUCCACAUCGAGCGCUUGAUAUUGAUUUAGAUAUACCGCUUCGUGGCGAUGAAGUUCUACCGAAACAAAGUUAUUCUAAGGUAAUUAAAGACGCAUCUCUGAAGACAACCCCAAAUAGUCAUGAACCGAAAGAGACCGACGAAAAUAAGUCCAAAUCAAAGAAAUCAAAAACGCACAGCAGCUCUAAAACAAAAGAGAAAUCCAAUGAAAACAACGAAAAAUCCGGCCACAAAAAGAAGAAAAGUAAAACGACCACAAUCACUGAAAAUGGCGAAGUUAAUUUAUUGGGAACGCCAGUAAAGGAAUCGAGUAAAAAGGAGAAGAAAGAGAAAAAGGAGAAAAAAUCAUCAAAAAGCAAAAAAUCAAGUGUCGGCGAAUCUAAGUCUGGUUAUGAAGAGGCUUUGGGUAUUUCAACUCCUAGUAAAGAGGUCUAUUGAACAAAUUUAGCUGAAUAUAUCAUGCCGUUAUGCGAUUAAUCAAAAUCAAAUAAUUUUGAAAAGGGAAAACGUAAGAAAUGUUUGUAAAAAAUGUGAUUGAAAUGACUUGAAAAGCGUCGUCGUUAAAUUAGAAUCCGAUUUUUUUUUCUAAAAAGAAUAUUUGUAGCCAUCUGGAGUUUCGGCAAAAACCACGACACAUUUAACGAUAAAAAAACAAUUCCAUGCCUUCCGAAUUGAAUAACGCAUCAAAUGCCUAUCAAUUUCAGUAAACCAAUUUGUUGGCAAAUAAAAUUAGAUUUUUUUUCUGUUUUAUAAAAUUAUGAUUUUGCACUAGACUCUGUACCACGACUAUGUUUUUGGAAUAUGUACAAUUUUUCGUCAUCUGUCGUAGUACAUUUCCAAUGUGAUUAUCUUUUUUUUUUGAUAACGGAAAAAUUGUUCAAUUGAAAUCAAGCGAACGAAAUAUUCUAGUGAUGGAAUUUAGUCCGAUAAGUUUCUGACAGUCUAUGUAUUUCGGAUGGAUAUCCAUCCGAGAUAUUUUAGAAUAUCUGGAAAUUUAACGCAAGUGCACAGAAUCAGAGCUGUGUGCGUCGCACAUAUAAUCUACGGUAUGUCGCUACACGUAAAAUACAGACACAGUGUGACUGUGUACGUGCGACACUUGAUACACAUAUACGU